AGAUACGAAACCACCAAAUAUUUAAGCAUACUUGUUUGAAAAAGAGUGUAGGAAAAUGAACUAGCUUUCAUUUAAUACCUUACCCGUAAAAAUUUAACAGCUGUAUCGAAAGUUUUUUGUGUUCAUAUAUAAAAAUCAUUCGAAAAUAAAGAAUUGCGCUUUAGAGGUUUAAUUAAUUGUAUCUAUAAUUGAACGUAAUUCAUAUUCAUAGAAAUGAAACCAAUGGACAAGAGAUCUAUAUGUACGACAUCGCCAGUAAGAUUGUUAGUCGAUUGAAAGGUGAACUGUCCACAGCCUUUGUUAACGUAGCAGAAUCCAAUGCGAAUGCGCAAGGAGAAGACAUUAUUAAUGGAAAUGUGACGCUCACUGAUAGCGGUAUUUUCGAAAAAAUGCCAACGAUGGAUUCCGACAAAGAAAAGAUCACCAUUGUUCAAGCACAUAAUACACAUCAAAAUCAUCGCCCGAUAUUUAGAAGGGACAGCAAUGCUGGCGUCAAAUUUCACAAUGAUGCUUCGCAAAAAAUUUCUAUCAGUUCAGGUUACAGUGUGAUCAAGCGAUAAUUAAUUGCAGAUUAAAAUUUAUGAGGAGCUCGAAUCAAACAACGAUAAUAACCGGCAAUCGAAUCAUUAGAGUCAACAUUUAAAAGUACACCACAUUCAUUUAAUUCCAUUUCAUUUGCUGAAAAUUCCACUCGAAACUUGAUUUCUCAGACUUUUACUAAACGUUGAUAACACACAACAUUUGACUUCUGAUCAUAAUUUUUUGGAAUCCUUUUCUUUGUUUAAAUAAUUUAUUGUUGUUGUAGGUUCUUAAUCAAUUAUGAUCAGAGAAAGUGGAAUACAAUUAAAUUCAAACAAGAUUGCUACUGGAUGAGGAUAGCAUUUAAACUUGAAAUUUGUCAGCCAUAUAUUUUAUUCAUAGCCGAUACUUUAUAUUUUUUUUCCACAAGAAAUGUUAUCAUAUUAUACCAGCGAUUUUCAAGAUUGCUACAACUUUAGUCGUAAAAGUGUAAAUUACAUUGCAAAUAAAUUUUAUUGAUGUUAUCAAUAAGAGCAA